UGUUGGGGCAUCUUAAUGGGUCUCGGCUCCGAGUAUUGGGAGUUACUGCUCGGUUUGCGGGCACUGAGUAACUGAAGGCGUACAGCAGUGUGUGCUGGGAGAGAUGGGGGGCAGCAGCAGCUCCAGGGGCAUCUCAGAGGAACCCGAGGGGGCAGAAGGAGUCGUGCUGGUGAAGGGCAUUCGGGUGACAGAUAGAGUGAUUGAUCGCAUGAGGGAGUCUCCUCCAGUCCAGCGUCCUCAGUCCAAAUCUCCUCCCGAAGGACACCCCUUAAUUCCUCAGAGUGAGACUUUGGCUCUUACUGAACUUUUGGCACCAGUACCGCCUCAUCCUCCUUCUUAUGCCACCGCACUGGUACCACCACCUCUGCAGGAGCCCAUUAGUCCUCUUGUGUCAGUAGGUCAGGAGACUCCAUCACCACCUACAUCCACAACGGAUGUUAAAGAAGUUCCUUUAGUCACUCAUAUUUCACCUGAGCCUUUACCUUCAGUUCAAGAGCAUAUGGUAGUAUCCACUCCUGAUGACCCUGUAAUUCUGGCUUCACCUGCUGAACACUUAACAAUAACUGCAUUUCCAUUAACUUUCCCUGACUCUGUAGACGUGUCUUUACCUGCUGAGCCCGUACCUGGAGUUUUGUCACCUUCUGCUGAAGCUGUGGAUAUUUCUUCACCUCCAGUUGCUGAUACUGUGAUGUCUCCACUUAGUGAAUCCAUUGCCUUACCAGUUGAUGCUUCAACAAUGCGAUUAACAGCUCAACCUGUUGAAGCCAUUCCCUUGUCUGCCACUGUCGAUACACCUAUUAAUAAUUCUACAGAAUCAACGCUCGUGUGUACACCUACUCUGACCAAGGACACAACCACUCCUGGUGAACAACAUGUAGAACUGCCUGCAAAACCUACCUCUAAGUUAUUGGCUGAGUUUGAAAAGCCACUAUCACCUGAUACACCUCUCAAAGCUUCUACUGAAUUAGUGGAUAUUUCAGAAGAUGUACCACCCACAGAUGUCAACUAUUGUGACUUGCCCAUCAAGCUGGAGGACUUGCUCCCUCCUCUGUCCUCUUCUGCUCUAACUGUGUCAUGUGAAGUUGGGGCAGUGGGGCAGAUCCGAAGCCCUUUAAAUCAAGAUACCACAGCACCAACAUCUUUUACUGAGCCAGCUGUUGCACCAGUGCUGCCUCAUCUAACUGAAACAGUGGGCCAACUUUCUUCUCCACAGGCUUUAGUCAAUGAGGAAGAACUAAGGAGACAGAUUAGAGAGGAACUGCAGAAACUCCUACAGGAAGAGAUAAGGAUAGAAGAGCUAAAGAUCCAGCAACAGUUGGAGGUGGAGAAAGCUAAGGCUGAGGCAGAAGCUCAAGCCAAUGCUCAGCGUCAGAUCCAGGCAGAGGUUCAGAAGGUCUUGGAGAAGGAGCAUCUGGCUCUUCAGCAGACUCUAAAAGACACUAUUAAGCUUGCAAGCCAGUAUUAUCGGCUAGAGAGGAAGAUUCAAAAGCUGGAAGAGAAGGAGAGAAACAUGACAAAGCAGGAUUCAAUGUACAGGGAGCAGAUUGCCAUGCUUGAGGAAAAGACUGCACUAAUUGCCAGAGCCACAGCAGAGAACUUCAGAAAGGGUUUGGAAGAAACUGAAAAUCGCUUCAAGAGGUACCAGAUGAAACCAGUUUGCUCAGAGCUGCAUAGUGAGAUUUUGAAAUGUUAUUUGCAAAAUACAGGUCAGACUCUGACGUGCUCCAGUAUUGCCUCGCAGUAUGUGAGGUGUGUGAACAAUGCUAAACAGAAUAAGAAGGUGAACACAGUGGGCUAAUUCUGUUUCCCGGAUGAACAUUACUCUCAUGUAAAAAGAAACAAACUGACAGGGAAGAAACAAGCAUUACACUUAAAGCUAAUGCACUUUUGCAAGACCUUGACCUUCAGCCUAAAUGUGUUGUUACUACUGUAUACUGGAAAAUUCAUAAAUGUGCUGCUAGCAUGAUUUGUGGGAUUUCACAUAAUACAUUGUUAUUCACUAAUCAGUGAAUGUUUGACAUUAAAAACACAUAUACAGUUUCACGGAAGGAAAAAUCAGUGUGCCUCGAUUCUACUUUUUGUUUAGCUGGGGAAAAAACGUGGACAGAAUCCUGUUUUGUUAUUUCUUGAGAUCUCUGAGAUGUUCCCUGUGAAGAAAGAACAUGAAAUACCCUCAUUAAACAGUCAACAGUG